UAGUAAAAAAAUCACGUUUAGAAUUGUGGCGGUGAAAUAGGAAUACGGAGUGUUUUGUUGUGUAAAGAAAAAGUGUGUUUUGUAGUUGGAAAUUCCAAUCGGAGAAGAAGAAGAAUGAUGGUGAAAGGUAUCCAGGUUCAACUAUGCGAAUUUGUUACCCAACGCUGGACUCUAAAACCUAGAACUUCCAUUUCAAUAUCAUCACUCUGCCCAAUUUCACACCCUUAUCUUUCUCUCAAACUCCUUCCCACGCACACCACACCUCGCACCACUCGAUUUUCACCGUUUCGUGCUUCCUCAUCGCUUCAAUCUUCCGGAAAUGUUCUUAGUAUCAAGUUCUGUCAGUGGUGUGGUGGUUCAACCAAACACGAUAUACCCGAGGGAGAAGAAAAAUUGAGAGCUAUAUGUACACUUUGUGGCAGGAUUGCUUAUCAGAAUCCCAAAAUGGUAGUGGGUUGCCUCAUUGAACACGAUAGCAAGGUCCUCCUUUGCAAGAGGAAUAUUCAACCAUCUUACGGUCUUUGGACGCUUCCCGCUGGUUAUUUGGAAAUUGGAGAGUCAGCUAUGGAAGGUGCCGUAAGGGAAACAAGGGAGGAAGCAAAUGCAGAUGUAGAAGUAAUUUCUCCCUUUGCUCAGUUGGAUAUUCCUUUAAUUGGCCAAACGUACAUGAUAUUCUUAGCAAAGCUGAAGAAGCCCCAUUUUUCACCUGGUCCAGAGUCAUCAGAAUGCCAACUUUUUUCACUUGAUGAUAUACCUUUUAAUUCUCUGUCCUUUUCAUCAAUGGUGGUUACCUUGAGUUUGUAUAUUGAGGAUAUGAAGGCUGGCAAGCCCAAAUUUCAUUAUGGAACCAUUAACAAAAGGCCGGGUACAAGUCCUUCUGAUAGUCAUGCCUACACACUGGAUCAUCACAUGCACACAUGAGCCAUGAUAAGAUUGCAGUGAAGUCUGGAUAUUUGAAGAUUCUUAUUAGAAGAAUUUUAAAUUCUGCUAGCCUGAAGAUUACUGUAUCUUCUGCAAAGACCUGAGCAUUGCUGGCUUAAAUUUACCACUGUCAAAAGAUAAACAGACAUGUUUCGAUUCAGGAAACGACCUGAACACAUUACUACAUCAGGUCACAUGUGCUUGAUGCAAUUUAUUAUGUCCAGCAAAUUCCUCUAGGAUUCUUAGUUUGAUAGGCUGUUGCAAUUGUAAAAGUAAGACUGACACUUGUGUGUGGCCUAAUGGCAUCCACCAAAAUUGUAAACAUGAUCAUUCAUCAAUAGAAAUGAAAUUCUUUUGUUUUGUUGUUGAA